AUGACUUCGAACAUAGCAGAGUGUAUCAAUCGUCACCUUGUAGCAGCAAGAGAGCUGCCUAUAUUUGAUUUUCUUGAAGAAGUUAGGAAGAUGUUUGGGAGAUGGAAUUACAAUAACCGGAGGAACAUUGCAGUUAGCAUGUAUUUGGUAUAUUUUGGUUGUAUUUGUCAGAUUCAGUUUGUAGAUGUGUGUCAUGUAGAACCAUCAACCAAAUACAUGUACACAGUCCAUGAUGGAGGAAGGUGUUUCAUUGCUAUCUUAAAGAAGAAAAAUCUAAAGGCUGAUGAUUAUUGCUUAGAAUUGUUCAAAUCGCAGACCGUGGUGAAAACAUAUGAUAUACCUGUGGAUCUUCUCCCCGACGAGCGUGAAUGCAAGAUUCCCACAUACAUCUCAGAGGAUGUAGUUUUGCCACCAAGAUACAAGAGACCUCCUGGUAGGCCGAAGAAAAAGCGUGAUAAGCUGUUAAGGGAAUUGGUUAUUGGUAAAAAAAGACAUGACUGCAGUACUUGUGGACAACUUGGGCACAAUAGACGUUCUUGUAGUUUUGAGCCUCGAAAGAAGUGUUUGUUUUUUAUUUUUCUUUAUAGCGAUUUACAUUUGUUAUAA